AUGAAAGCGUCGGUGGUGGAGAGAUUCAAUCGCACGCUGAAAAACGACAUGUGGAAGCUCUUCACGCUCCAGGGAUCGUACAGAUGGAUAGACUCGCUGCCGCGACUCUUGUCGAAUUACAAUCGUCGCAGACACAGAACGAUUCGAAUGCGUCCAGCGGACGUGACGCCCACCGUCGCCGAACAACUGCUGCGCACCGGCUACACUCCAAAUUGGACCACCGAGAUCUUUCGCAUAGCCAAAGUACAAAGGACCAAUCCCGUUAUGUAUCUGUUGAAAGACGUUCGCGGAGAAGCGAUAGCCGGAGGAUUCUACAAACACGAAUUGCUACGCGUCUCCAAUCCCGACGUUUAUCUCGUGGAAAAAGUCCUGCGCAAGCGCGGCAAUCGAGCGUUCGUGAAGUGGCUGGGAAUGGACAGUUCGCAUAAUUCGUGGAUAGAUAAGGCGUCUGUGUUGUAA